CUGCGGUGGUUCGAGGGGGCUGUCUCUCUUUGAUUGAAUCCAGCUGUUGUCAGAAGUGCUCGAGGACCUGUCCCGGUCAUUUGCAUUGCUAAACUAUCUGUACAGUUUAGAGAGACGGGGGAAAUAGACCAGACCGUUUUUAAAAGACAUUCCCCGUAAGGUGAGGCAUAUAUCAAGGCUUCGGUCGACUGGAUAGCUGUUUAUCAAAUCCCGGUUUAGGUUUUUUUCACGUAGUCUGGGCGGUGUGACUGGCGAGAGUAGCCCACCACAUGCGCAUUGGAUUUUUGACUUCACAACAGUAGCAAAGUGUUUGAAACCUUUCUUGCCACAAAUUAUCCACGGGUCUUCUGAGUUAAUCGGCAGGAUCCAUAGACCAUGUUUUCUGACAUACGUGGCUUGAAUGUCUGGACUUACGCAAGAAUGUUGACAGUUGUGGUGUUGGCAUUAUGUAGCAUCCACUCCGGAUAUGGCCAGACCUGCACAGAGGGGUUCGUCUAUGAUCGCAGGGCAAGAGUAUGUGUUGACAUUGAUGAGUGUCGUAUGGUACCAGACGCCUGCAGAGGGGACAUGCAGUGCGUGAACCAGAACGGAGGCUAUCUCUGCAUCCCCCGGGGGCUGUACAGCCAGCCUACCUACCCCCGAGGUGGUGAAGGAGGAGGAGGAGGAGCAGGCAGGUCCCAGGCCACCUACCCAGACACCUCCCUGGGCUUCCCAGAACCAGACCCCUACCCUCUCCAACCCCCUCCAGCCCCCCCUGUGGCCCCCAGCUACCCCGUCGUAAGCCGCUCCGCUCCCUGCCUUCUGGGAUACACCCUGGCAGAAGAUGGGACCUGUCAUGACAUGGAUGAGUGUGAGACAGACUCCCACCAGUGUAACCCCACCCAGGUGUGUAUCAACACAGCUGGAGGAUACACCUGCUCCUGUACCGAGGGCUACUGGCUGGUCGGGGGACAGUGUCAGGACAUUGAUGAGUGUCGCUACGGGUACUGCCAGCAGCUGUGUGCCAACGUGCCAGGCUCCUAUUCGUGCUCCUGCAACCCUGGCUUCCUCCUCAACCCUGACAGCAGAACCUGUCAAGACGUGGACGAGUGUGAGGAUAACCCCUGUGCCCACGGUUGUUUCAACACCUACGGCUCCUACAUGUGUAGCUGUGAAGAGGGAUUUGAGCUGGCUUCUGACGGCACCACUUGCAAUGACCUGGACGAGUGUGGUUUCUCAGAGUUUCUGUGUCAGCACCGCUGUGUGAACACCCCAGGGUCCUUCCAGUGUCACUGCCCAGCGGGAUACUAUCUUUAUGAGGAUGGGAGGAGCUGUGAAGAUAUCAAUGAAUGUGAGACUGGUAACAACACGUGUACAACAGCACAAGUAUGUUUCAAUUUCCAGGGAGGCUAUACAUGCUUGGAUCUGCUAAAAUGUGAUCCACCGUACGUUGAACUCAGUGACAAUAUGUUUCCCUCCCUCCCCUCCCUCUCUCCAGUCAGUGUAUGUGUAGUGCUGAGAACCCAGCUUGUAGAGACAGGCCCUUCACCAUCCUUUACCGUCACAUGGACCUGUCCUCAGGCCGCAGCGUCCCAGCAGACAUCUUCCAGAUGCAGGCCACUACCAGAUACCCUGGAGCAUUCUACAUCUUCCAGAUCAAAGGACCGGGCAACGAGGGACGAGAGUUCUACAUGAGGCAAACCAGUAACGUGAGUGCCACUCUGGUCCUGUCUCGGCCCAUCAAGGGUCCCAGGGAGCUGGUCCUGGAUCUGGAGAUGGUAACCGUUAACAACGUCAUCAACUUCAGAGGCAGCAGUAUCAUACGGCUGACGAUAUACGUGUCUGAGCAUCCUUACUGAGGCCCACUCCCCCUGACCUUUAACCCCUGACCUCUGACCAAUCACUACGUCCGGUCCAACUCUCACAAGCCCGAAGUAUACCUUCCUAGAUUCCUAUACUCUCCAAAUCUCCCGAUCUUCCAGCAGGCAGCUCCACUCCGCUUCCCUCCCGUUCUGUGGAUCACUACAACUGUCGUCUCAAUAAACUCUUACCUGUUGUUAUAGGAGACGGGGGGCACCUUCCUCUCCAUUUCACCACCUCACCUCCCCACUCUUACAUCCACAUCAGACAGUUACUGGACUGUACAUUAUGGUGCUAAGGACGUAUCCACACAGAAGGAUAUUUAUGUUGUAUUGUAAAGGCUGUGUGACUCUCUCUCUCUCUCUCUCUGUCUCUCUCUCUCUGUCUCUGUCUCUCUCUCUCUCUUUGUCUCUCUGUCUCUCUCUCUGUCUCUCUCUGUCUCUCUGUCUUUCUGUCUCUCUCUCUCUCUCUCUCUCUCUCUCUCUCUCUCUCCCUCUGUCUCUCUCUCUCUCUUCCUCUGUCUCUCUGUCUCUCUCUCUCUCUCUCCCUCUGUCUCUCUCUCUCUCUCCCUCUGUCUCUCUCUCUCUCUCCCUCUGUCUCUCUCUCCCUCUGUCUCUCUCUCUCUCUCUCCCUCUCUCUCUCUCUCUGUCUCUCUCUCUGUCUCUUUCUGUCUGUCUGUCUGUCUGUCUGUCUGUCUGUCUGUCUGUCUGUCUGUCUGUCUGUCUGUCUGUCUGUCUGUCUGUCUGUCUGUCUGUCUGUCUGUCUGUCUGUCUGUCUGUCUGUCUGUCUGUCUGUCUGUCUGUCUGUCUGUCUGUCUGUCUGUCUGUCUGUCUCCCUCUCUCUCUCUCUCUCUCUCUCUCUCUCUCUCUCCCUCUCUCUCUCUCUCUCUCUCUCUCUCUGCUCUUUAAAAAUACAGAUUUCCAAUGACAUUUACUGUUAAGGUAAUUGAAAGCAGUGUUGGUUUUCACGCGUACUUCUCUCUUUGUGUUAUUAAUAAACUCACCUUAUUUUCUGUGAAGCGUUUUCCUUUAAAUAAGCUGUGAAUGUGAGCUUUACAAUAUGUGAUACAAUGUGUUAGUGAUGCUUUUGGGGCUUUUUGUGUGUGUGUGUGUCAACCAUCUACAGACAAAGAUCUGUUAAAAAAAAAGGACCUUAAAACCUUGACAGUAUGUUUUCUACCUACCUGACUGAACUAGCCUGGUCCCAUGUCUGUUUGUGCUGUCAUUCCAUGGGAAUGGCAAGGAGUGGAAUGUUAGCCCAAAACAGAUUGCUACCAGGCUAUGACUGCUCUGGUCUGGGUUAGUUUCUGUCAUUGUAUUGUGAAAGAACAACACGAGAAUGUCUUCUACUGUUGCAGGGGGGGCCUCACCUCCUUCAGCUGGUGAAAUGGACAUUACUGUGUUCUAAUCAAGCUACACACAUUCCAUUUUUCCAUUUUUCAUUUUGAGACAAUCAUUUUGUCAUGGUGCCCCCCUCAGAUGCACAACGGAUUUAACAAGAUACAUCGAAUAUUGUCUUUGUGUUUCAUUUUAAAACGGUUGAACAGAACUCGUCACCAUAAAAAUAAAAAUAAAUGGUGGUCAGUUUUGUGUUUUUGUCUAAAAGUCUUUGGCAGAUUUCAUUCAGUAACAUUCAGUUUCAUUCAUUCCCAUUCAGUAACAUUCAGUUUCAUUCAUUCCCAUUCAGUAACAACCUGUGAGUUCUACAAGUGAGCCAAGUCAGUCAAAUAAAACAUUGUACUAGACCUGAA